GUGCUGGAGGGCGUGAUGGAGAGGCUGUUUCUGUGGAGUCUCAGGAGACAGUUCACCGAGGACAUGAAGCUGGAGCAGCUCAGGAUGUACCAGAUGCUCCUGUCCCAGGCCAGACAGCCGCUCCUGCACCACAAACCGGUUCUCCGGCCGCUCAUGAUGCUGCUGGCCUCCUGUGCCGGAGCCGGGGGCGGGGCCGGUCCCUGGCUCAGACAGGGUUCGGUUGGCCAGCAGGCCAGAGACGCUCUGCUGCUCAUCAUGUCUCUGUCGGCCUCGGACCCCCGCGUCGCCCAGCACAUCGCCCAGAACACGUACUUCUGUCCUGUGAUGCUGGCUACAGGUCUGUCUGGUCUACUCUUCUUUCCAGCCAGGCUGCAGGUCUACAGUGAGGACUGGCACUGUCUGGACCACGGCGACUGGCAGCAGGUCCCGGCCCUCGUCCACUUCCUGCACUCUCUGGACUUCUGCAGCGCCGUCACAAAGGUCGCUCAUCCCUCCAUCCGCUCUCAGUUGCUAGGUUACAUCUACAACGGCUUCCUGGUGCCCGUGCUGGCUCCCGCUCUGCACAAGCUGACGGUGGAGGAGGUGAUGACCACCACGGCGUACCUGGACCUGUUCCUGCGCUCCAUCUCUGAGCCCGCCCUCCUGCAGAGCUUCCUGUCCUUCGUCCUGCUGCACACGCACGACAACGUGCACGUCCUGGACACGCUGGUCAGCAGAGUCAACACACCUUUCCAGCUGGGGACGGUGUCGCUGGCUCUGUUCAGGACUCUGAUCGGUUUCUUCUGUGAAGACGUCAUGCUGCAGCUGGUGUUCAGGUAUCUGAUUCCCUGCAGCCACCUGAGCAGGAAGCAGCGCUCCUCCUUAAAGCAGACGGACUGUUACUCCACCAGCGCCGCCUCCUUCCUGCUCCUCCUGCCCUCCUGGUGCCCUGGGAGCCUCCUGAACGCAGACCUCCACUCGGAGCACAUCCACUGGCCCAAAGGAGCAGAUCUCUCCGUCUCGGAGAGGGUCGGGUACUGCCGGGGUUCAGACUUCUCCAUGGAUGUGAACUACCUCCACUACCUCUGGGACGCCCAGCAGGCCAUCGCCAUUGCCCACAGGGCGUGCCGGCUCUGGUCGUCUCCGUACGACGGGUUCGACCCUCCAUCGGACGCACCCAGGGACAGCGUGGAAGACGAGGACGAGAUCGCACGGCGAGUCGAGAGCGACUCCAUCUGCUCCCUGGUCGUCACUCCCCCCCCCUCGGCGCUCUCCCCGACACCCUCGUCCUCCGACACCGUUGCCACCGGCGAUCAGCCGGGACGCGCCGGCUCCGCCCUGGAGCUGGAAUGGGACGACAUUUUUGCAGAUGACGAUCCGUCUUCAUCAGCGUUUAAAAACACGACAGCAGCAAACGACAGAUGCGCCGCGACGCCGCUACCCCCCCGACACAUCCAGGAAAUGCAGCGCACCGCGACCAAGCUGGUGCACGGCUCCUACGUGGAGGAAUCCGAGUUUGAGGACGACGUUCUGGUCUACGAUCUAGUCGCCCAGAGAGAGACAAAGGCGGCCAUUUUGGAGCGAAUCGUGGCGGCGAAUAGACGGGCACGAGGAAGCGUCUCAAACAGCCGACGGACGUCGACGACAGCGACGACGACGACGACUUUAACGUCGAUGCUAACGACAACCGGGAGGACGGUGAUGGAAACGGUGAACAGCAUAAUGUCGACGAGGAGGAUGAGCGAGGACGGAGGGAAAGAGGAAAGGAGGAGUGAGGAUUUAGUGAAGGAGGUGAGGAGUAGUGAGGACGUCGGGAGAAGGACGGAGGGAGAGGAGAUCGAGAGGAUUGACGCAAAGGGAGAUCGUCAGUUUUUCACCAACGGUUUCAACGCUAAGAACGACAUCAUCGACGAACGUGAUGAUUCUCAUGAAGACGCCGAUGCGUUUAACCAAAACUGCAACCUCCGUCACUUCCCAAAUACUGUAAAUCACACACUGCACGAACACAACACACACCCAGCGCCAUGUUUAGGGACUUUACCCAACGGCCACUCUGAAUCGGAGCCAUCUUUGAGUCGCCCUUCGGUGGCUGACGUAAAGUCUCAAAAUCUGCCCGGCAACAACGUCGCCGAUAACGACGACUUCCUGUCCCGAUACCACGAGCUCAUGCUCUCGUUAGGGGUGGAGCCAGACUGUGAUGACACCACAAGUGACAUCAGGACUUUUAGGAGGCGGGUCCGAGCGCUGAGGCAAAGACUGGAAGAGGAGGAGGAGUUUGCUUUAAGCUCCUCUUGGGAAGACGGAGAGGAGGAAGAAGAAGAGGAGGAGAUGGACGAGGUAGAAGAGGAGGAGGAAGAGGAAGAAGAGGAGAGGUCGAGCAGCAGUAAGAAAGGCAGCAGGAGGCACGCAGUUCCUUUUACAGGUCCGUUCAUCAGCGUCCUGCUGUCCCGGCUCGAGAACCUCCUGGAAAACUCCAUCGCUGUGAACCUGCUGGUGACGGGCAUCCUGGCCCAGCUGGUGUCGUACCCGCAACCCCUUCUGAGAUCCUUCCUGCUCAGCACAGACACACACAACCAGCCCAACGUACGCACACUGUACCAGGUGUUGGUGUCGGUGCAUGCUCAGAUCGAGCGCUACGUGGCGGCCAGACCAGACUAUCCUGGUUUGGUCACCCAGGCCUGGAGGUUCUUGUUGGCUAAAGACCAGGACAGCAAGUUCAGAGAGGGCCUCCAGUCUCAGGGCCGCGACCUCAUCCUGGACCCGUCUCUUUCUAACGGCUCCGUGAGCAACGCUCUGGCUUUGCCUCCUCUCGCCGUGCUGCCGCCGUGCCCUCACAUCCCCCCCCAGGCCAAGAGCCGCGUGUUCGCCAUCAUCCUGUUCGCCGAGUUCCUGAAGGAGCUGGCCGCCAUCGCCCAGGAGCACAGCGUCGCACCCGACCGCUCUUCAGAGGAUCAAUGGGAGUGAAACUGUCUGUCCAGCUGUAGAUAUCUGCCUGACAAAUCACCAUUACUGAGCCCGUGAGCAAAUACUGAUGAAGACGUAGCGAAGGAGCCUCCAGCAGGAGAUGGAGGGCUUGUAAUGAAAACAUAAGCACAAAACAUGCAACACAAAUGUGUGAGAAACACAUGCGGACCAGUGCAGUGCCGUUUACUACUGAUUACUUCCUUGGGUCCUGAGCAAUAAACCUGCCAUGACAUAAUUAUAUUUGUGCAUAUCUUGAAUAUGUAGAGUAUCUGCAACCUUUGCUAACAGCUAGCCAUUUGAGGCUGUUUCCACAAACAAAAGUGGUAAAAAAACUAAUUACCCCUUGCAAGAUUAAUUAAGUAGUUCUUCUCCUUUAUUCCAAAAGUUAGAUCGCUGAUUAGAUUGCGAAUCAUUAGUUUUUUUCCCGAUAAUGGUGCAAAAACGAUACUUCUAAAGCUGUGGCUAAACUGACGACAGUUGUCGACAUUAAGUCACAUUUCAAUACUUUAUUUAAACUGCGAUAACAAUAAGUUGCUUCCAGUCAAUUGCUGUUAAAUGAAGAAGAACAACCAGAUCGCAGAAGGGUAGUUUACAUUAUCUUUGAACGCACCAGGAGCUUACAAGUUGCAAUUGAACGCAACAUUUAGUCCCGUCUGUGGUGUUUCUCCGACAACUCUACGGCUGUAGCCAUGGUGCAGCGAGGCUUCUCUGUGUCUUUAGCUGCAGACUGUUGUUGUCCCGAUGUAGGAUCCCUUCCAGUGAAAUACAGCCACAUGUUAAACAGUUUAGUAGUCUGGAUUUUAACUGUUUUAUCAAGCUACUAGCUAACGGUAGGCUAACAUUAUCUGCUGCCAUGUGCGUCUGUUGCUUGUAACGUCUGUGUCCGAGCACCAGAGGGCAGCGCAGGCACUUACGAGGCACUGAAAUGAGGCACCGAAAUAAAAACUCGUCUAGGAACCGGUGUCAUAUUGACACAGGUUUUAGUACCCAACUGUCAGUAAUGUUUGAAAACUUUGAGUUGAAUGUACUGCGACGGAGUGAGAGGGUGCCGUACCCCCUCUCUGGUCUCUGGUCCCCUCUCAAUACACUACACAGUGUAUUCAUAAUGCACUAAAUGCACUAAAUGAAUAUGUCCUGUGGAUCUCAAGAUCUCGACACUGCUCUUCCUCAGGUCCUCGGCUUGGGUUCCUCAGGUUUAAAGACGAUCAGUUGUCGAGAAAAUUAAAGGACAGACGGAGAUUCCUUCCAUUUAAUUUAGACAUUACAGUGAAAAUAUUUGUAUAUACAGUAUGUUAAUUUUCCUAGCAGCACUUUUUGUAUAUUUGGAUGUUUUCCCUUUGAGUGUGAAUGAUAUUUAUAUGUUAAUGAAAAUGAUUUAAAAGAUUUUGAAGAUGAAUCCAGUUUUCUAUAUAUAUAUAUAUAUAUAUGUGGGGCGAUCAGUGCAAAACGUUUUCUACACUGUUUUCUCAAGUGACCAAGUGACAUUUUAAUUUCUAAAUGUGGAAAUAAAUGUUGGAUUUUUGACAGUAGAUAGGUGGAAGGAGACUAGAACCUGCUCAUCUUUAUCCUUCUUUCAAUUCAUUUAUGUUUUACAAGUUACUCCCUUCUUGUGUUCUCUUCUCUCUCUUCGUUCACUGAAGUGUUUCCUCCACUUGCCUCCUUUACUCAUGUCUUAGUCCGUCCUAACGAGGCAGCCGGGGAGAGUUGCGAGGAAAGGAGAUGAAAUGAAGGAAUGUGUUUUGGAGAGAUGAGACGUCCUUUCCUAUGAAGCAUCAUGUAUAUUUGUCAGCUGUUUGGGCGGAGUUAGCACCGCCUUAUAGCUGCACGUCUUCCCAGAAGGCUGCACUCUGGUAUCCUUGCCCAACGGCUGCUUCCCAAGUCUCUUAUUUUAAUCUCCUCGCUCCCCUGAAGUCGUUCUUUCCUUCCUUGUGAAGGCCGUCUCAAAGGUCUUACCCCUGCCCCGAGGAGGAAGGAUGGAGGAGGGAUCUCCGAGGAGCUAUGAGCAAGGAAACACAAGAGCAGCCUUCCUGGAAGACGGAAAAGACAUCUCAAAACCCAUUUCAUUGUUUCUUCUCUCCUCACAAGGGAGGGGAAGGAAG